CAUUUGUCUCAAGGCUGUGAUUCUCACUAUACUGGUCCUGGGGAAACGGCUUCUGUGAACUGCAGUUUUUAGUUUUUAUUGUGGUUCUUAGUUUUCAUGAGACCCCUCUUGAGGAUAUGUGCCUAUCUGGUGCCUCUGCUCUCCACUAGUUGAGUGAAAGGAAGGAGGUAAUUUACCACCAUGUUUGGUUCCUAUUUAUAAGAUGUUUUAAGAAAGAUUCGAAACAGAUUUUCUGAAGAAAGCAGAAGGUCUCUUCCCAUUAUGACUUCGGAAAUCACUUACGCUGAAGUGAGGUUCAAACAUGAAUUCAAGUCCUCAGGCAUCAACUCAGCCUCUUCUGCAGCUUCCAAGGAGAGGACUGCCCCUCACAAAAGUAAUACCGGGUUUCCCAAGCUGCUUUGUGCCUCACUGUUGAUACUUUUCCUGCUAUUGGCAAUCUCAUUCUUUAUUGCUUUUGUCAUUUUCUUUCAAAAAUAUUCUCAGCUUCUUGAAAAAAAGACUACAAAGGAGCUGGUUCAUACAACAUUGGAGUGUGUGAAAAAAAAUAUGCCCAUGGAAGAGACAGUCUGGAGCUGUUGCCCAAAGAAUUGGAAGUCAUUUAGUUCCAACUGCUACUUUAUUUCUACUGAAUCAGCACCUUGGCAAGAGAGUGAGAAGGACUGUGCUAGAAUGGAGGCUCACCUGCUGGUGAUAAACACUCAAGAAGAGCAGGAUUUCAUCUUCCAGAAUCUGCAAGAAGAAUCUGCUUAUUUUGUGGGGCUCUCAGAUCCAGAAGGUCAGCGACAUUGGCAAUGGGUUGAUCAGACACCAUAUAAUGAAAGUUCCACAUUCUGGCAUCCACUUGAGCCCAGUGACCCCAAUGAGCGCUGCGUUGUGCUAAAUUUUCGUAAAGCACCCAAAAGACGGGGCUGGGGCUGGAAUGAUGUUAAUUGUCUUGGUCCUCAAAGGUCAGUUUGUGAGAUGAUGAAGAUUCACUUAUGAACUGAACAUUCUCUAUGAACAGGUGGUUGGAUUGGUAUCUGUCAUUGUAGGGAUAGAUAAUAAGCUCUUCUUAUUUAUGUGUAAGGGAGUUCCAUAGAAUUUAGGUGGUCUGUCAACUAUUCUACUUAUGAGAGAAUUGGUCUGUACAUUGACUGAUUCACUUUUUCAUAAAGUGAGCAUUUAUUGAGCAUUUUUUCAUGUGCCAGAGCCUGUACUGGAGACCCCCAUUGUGCACACGUGGAGAGAACAUGAGUCUCUCUUAAUUUUUGUCUGGUUGCUAAAGAAUUAUUUACCAAUAAAAUCAUAUGAUGUGGU